CUGGACUACUCCUACUACAACAAGACCUUCACCACCACUACAACCACAACCACAACAACCACAACAACAACCAUCAUCAUCAUCCUCUGCACCGCAGACCACAACCCCGCGCGCUGCUCAGCCGCCCCCUUCCACCCGGACAGUCUCGUCCGGUCCUUCCCGCCAGCGCAGCACAGGCCAUGUGUCGAGUAAACUCGCCCCUCCUUGGCCCUGGAACCCCGAAGAAACAGACCUGAUUCACGCCGGCUAUCGACCCGCCUACCCUCCUCCUUCUCCUGCUCCUCCUAAAGUCGACGCAGCAACCGAAUCAGCAUCAACAUCAGCACCAAACCUCCAAACCACAAUCAAGCUCAAACCUAAACCCAACAAAACCAAAACCACCCCCAAGAAAAUGGCCGAACCUCGAGCCCGUGCCGCCCGGCACAAAGGGCAGAUGAACUUCGCCUCAGAGCUCCGCCUCCUCCUCCUGGCCUACGGCGAUCCAAGCCCCCACCCCUCCUUCCCCUCCGAACCCCUCCCGGAAACCGUCCGCGUCCUCGACGAGAUCGUCACCGACUUCGUGCUGGAGAUGUGCCACGGCGCCGCGCAGUACGCGAGCUACUCGCGCCGCCAGAAGAUCAAAGUCGACGACUUCCGGUUCGCGCUGCGCCGGGACCCCAACAAGCUCGGCCGCGUGCAGGAGCUGCUGCGCAUGGAGCGCGAGCUGAAGGAGGCGCGGAAGGCGUUCGAUCAGAAUGAUGAUCAGGUUGGGAAUCUGAAGGAUGCGGCCGCCGCCGCCGCGGCGAAGAAGGGUGCAGGAGGUGGUGCUGCAGCGGCGGCGGCGGCGGCCGGGGACGAGGAUUUCGGGGCGGCGGAGAGUGUGGAUGGGAGGAAGAGUAAAGGGAAAGGGAAGAGGAGUGCUGCUGCCAGAAGGGAUUCGGAUGUUACCGAGGAGGGUAGUGUGACGGCUGGGGUGGCGAAGAAGAGGAAGGUAGGUGGUGGUUGAAAGUCUGCGUUUCAUUCGUUUCUUGGCUGGCUAUGUUUGCUACAUGGCGUUCUCGGGGUUUUUUCUUAUAUCGCGGCGUGGGCUGGCUAUCAGGAUUGCAUUGUGCACCGGGUGUAUUUAUAUAAAGUGAUAUCCCAUUAUUCAGUUAUCAUUGACAGUGGGGGCGUUGAUAACGAGAAACCAUACACUGAAAUUUC